AUGGACAUGAUGCUGUUGGUGCAGGGCGCUUGUUGCUCGAACCAGUGGCUGGCGGCGGUGCUCCUCAGCCUGUGCUGCCUGCUACCCUCCUGCCUCCCGGCUGGACAGAGUGUGGACUUUCCCUGGGCGGCCGUGGACAACAUGAUGGUCAGGAAAGGGGACACGGCGGUGCUUAGGUGUUAUUUGGAAGAUGGAGCUUCAAAGGGUGCCUGGCUGAACCGGUCAAGUAUUAUUUUUGCGGGAGGUGAUAAGUGGUCAGUGGAUCCUCGUGUUUCAAUUUCAACAUUGAAUAAAAGGGACUACAGCCUCCAGAUACAGAAUGUAGAUGUGACAGAUGAUGGCCCAUACACCUGUUCUGUUCAGACUCAACAUACACCAAGAACAAUGCAGGUGCAUCUAACUGUGCAAGUUCCUCCGAAGAUAUAUGACAUCUCAAGUGAUAUGACCAUCAACGAAGGAACCAAUGUCACCCUUACUUGUUUGGCCACUGGGAAACCAGAGCCUUCCAUUUCUUGGCGACACAUCUCCCCAUCAGCAAAACCAUUUGAAAAUGGACAAUAUUUGGACAUAUAUGGAAUCACAAGGGACCAGGCUGGGGAAUAUGAAUGCAGUGCGGAAAAUGAUGUGUCAUUCCCAGAUGUGAAAAAAGUAAAAAUUGUCGUAAACUUUGCUCCUACGAUCCAGGAAAUUAAAUCUGGCACUGUGACCCCGGGACGCAGUGGAUUGAUAAGAUGUGAAGGUGCAGGUGUGCCGCCUCCGGCCUUCGAAUGGUACAAAGGAGAGAAGAAGCUCUUCAAUGGCCAACAAGGAAUUAUUAUUCAAAAUUUUAGCACAAGAUCCAUUCUCACUGUUACCAAUGUGACACAGGAACACUUCGGCAACUAUACUUGUGUGGCUGCCAACAAGCUAGGCACGACCAAUGCGAGCCUGCCUCUUAACCCUCCAAGUACAGCCCAGUAUGGAAUUACCGGGAGCGCUGAAGUUCUUUUCUCCUGCUGGUACCUUGUGUUGACACUGUCCUCUUUCACCAGCAUAUUCUACCUGAAGAACGCCAUUCUACAAUAA